CGAGAAAUCAUCUUGACUUUCGUAUCUUUAUUUCGUAACUUUACACAAAAAUGUCCAAGCAAAAGACUGUUAUCGUAGGUGCUGGCCCUGUUGGUGCUCUUGCAGCACUCUAUGCCGCUGGUCGUGGCCAUGAUGUUGAGGUCUACGAACUGAGAGGAGAUCUCAGGGAUCCAUCAACUGUCCCACUGAACUUCACCAAAUCCAUCAACUUGGCUCUUUCGGAAAGAGGUAUCAACUCGCUGAGGAAGGCCAAUGUUCCUGGCUUGAUCGAAGCUGUGCUGGAAGAGACUAUCCCUAUGCAUGGCCGCAUGAUCCAUGGAGCCAAGCAAGAGGUGCUAUAUGAGGAGUCUCAGAACUAUGAUAUUCAUGGAAGGGCCAUCCGUGCGGUUGACAGAGCAGGUCUGAACAAGCGUCUCCUUGAUGAGCUAGACAAUCUACCAAACGUCAAGUUCUUCUUCAAUCACAAGCUGGUAGGCGCUGAUUUCAGGAAGAACAAGGCAUGGUUUGAGAGACGAGACGAAGGCGUGCGACAAGAUCACGCUCAGAACCCAACACAAGGAAAAGAUGCACCUCACGCAUCUUCGGAAAUCGAGGUACCAUUCGACUUUAUGAUUGGUGCAGAUGGUGCUCACUCAGCUGUACGGUACCACUUGAUGAAGUUUACUCGCAUGUCAUACCAGCAGGAGUACAUCGAGACGCUAUGGUGCGAGUUCCACAUGGAUCCUUCGGCAACAGAUGACUUUCAGAUCUCAGCGAACCACUUGCACAUCUGGCCUGGCGGCGAGUUCAUGUUCAUCGCUAUCCCAUCUCUGGACAAAUCAUUCACCUCGACGCUUUUCCUUCCUGCAAAACACUUUGCCGAACUGGACAAGAAUCCUUCAUCGCUGGUAGACUUCUUCAACAAGAACUUCCCUGGUGUGGCAGGCAAGCUUAUUCCCGAGGACGAGUUGUUGAAACAGUACAAGGAGAACCCACAUCUACCUCUGAUCAGCAUCAAGUGUUCACCAUACCACUACGGUUCCUCUGCCGUCAUUCUCGGCGACUCGGCACACGCAAUGGUACCUUUCUACGGUCAAGGCAUGAACGCCGGUCUCGAAGACGUCCGGGUUCUCUUCGAACAUCUCGAUGCAAACAGCGACGACGCAGCUGGUCGCGCCAAAGCACUCGAUGGCUACUCAGAUCAGCGCGCACCCGAUGCAGCAGCCAUCAACGAUCUCGCACUCCGCAACUAUCAGGAAAUGCGUGCAGAUGUGACGUCCCCUGUCUACCGUCUCCGCAAGUGGAUUGAGGAAAAGAUGAAUGUAUAUUUGCCAUCCGCGGGAUUUGCAACACAGUACUCUCGUGUCAGCUUUGACAAUAUGAGAUACUCCGAAGUGGAGCAGCUGGCACAGAAGCAAGGCAGGAUUUUGCUUGGUGGUAUGGCAGGCUUCGUCGCAUUGUUGAUUCCUGCAAUGGCCUAUGGUAGUUGGGCUAUCUGGAGAUGGAAUCGCGCAUCGCAGGCUUCCAAGGCGGGUGUCUUUGGUGUUUUGGGUCUAGGUGCUGUCGCUGAGCGCAUCGGAAGAGUCUUUACUUAAGAAGCCAACCUUUGACGACUGUACGAUUUGAUGCUGAAGAAGAAAAGCAAUGUAUAAUCACGCAAUAGCAGAAUAGUAUAAUGUCAAACUCUCCUCAACAGAAUUUCGAGAUCCUAGAAACCACUUUUUGUCUAGUCGAAGAUCUAG